CCUCCUUUCCUCUGCUACCGGCGAGAAUGAAGACCAUUCUCAGUAACCAGAUUGUCGACAUCCCCGACAAUGUCGAGGUGAGGCUGAAGGGGCGGACGGUGAUCGUGAAGGGACCCCGCGGCACCCUGCGACGGGAGUUCAACCACAUCAACCUGGAGCUCAGCCUGCUGGGCAAGAAACAGAAGAAGCUCCGUGUGGAUAAAUGGUGGGGAAACAGGAAGGAGCUGGCCACAGUCCGCACCAUCUGCAGCCACGUCCAGAACAUGAUCAAGGGAGUCACUGUGGGUUUCCGGUACAAGAUGCGUUCUGUGUACGCCCAUUUCCCCAUCAACGUUGUCAUCCAGGAGAGUGGAACUCUGGUGGAGAUCAGGAACUUCCUGGGAGAGAAGUACAUCCGCCGUGUCCGCAUGAGGCCCGGUGUGUCAUGUGCAGUCUCAGCAGCCCAGAAGGAUGAGCUGGUGCUGGAGGGUAAUGACGUUGAGCUUGUGUCAAACUCAGCCGCCCUGAUCCAGCAGGCCACCACAGUCAAAAAUAAGGAUAUCAGAAAGUUCUUGGACGGUAUUUACGUGUCUGAGAAGGGAACAGUAGUGGAACCGGAUCAGUAAAAGCUACAGCCACACUUGUAGAGCGGCCUUGAUCCAGCAGGCCACCACGGUCAGAAAGAAGGACAUCAGGAAAUUUCUGGACGGCAUCUACGUCAGCGAGAAGACCACCGUAGUGGAGCAAGAUGCUGAAUAAAUAUGUACCGUGCUCUGUAAAGAUUAUUAAAGUCCUCCCCACUUUUCCACAUAAA